AUCGAAAAUCGGGUCUCAGCACGAAAAAGUGAAGAAGCGUUUAUGCUAGCCACGCUUCAAAGUUACACACAAACAGCGAUGAGCGGAAAUCGGGGAGGAUCUUACAUUUCCGGAAUCGUUCCAUCGUUCAAGGAAAGAAGGCCAUUCCAUGAGCGUCAGAAAGAUGUGGAAGAAAUCCGCAGCCAACAACCGAACAAGGUUCCGGUAAUUAUCGAAAGAUUUGAUGGAGAACGCAGUUUACCACUUAUGGAUCGCUGCAAAUUCCUAGUACCCGAGCAUAUAACCGUUGCCGAGCUCAUGUCAAUUGUUAGACGACGCCUCCAACUUCAUCCACAACAAGCAUUCUUCCUGCUCGUCAAUGAACGCUCAAUGGUGUCAAAUUCUAUGAGCAUGUCCAAUUUGUACAGUCAAGAGCGUGAUCCAGAUGGCUUUGUGUAUAUGGUUUACACGUCUCAACCAGCAUUUGGAUAACACAUCAAGAGCCGUUUUCCAUCACAAUUCUAAUCAAUUUUUAAAUUUCCACCAACACCACUGAUUGCCCAAUGCAAUCCUCACUGUAAAAUGUUGUAUUUUUAAAUGUAAAUACCUGAAAACCCAUCAUACUCAGGCGCCAACCAUUUUUCUAGUUGCCUUUGCUAAUUUCGCCCCUCGCAAUUCCCCACCUCAAAACUUCCAGCUGAAAUUUGUUUUACAAACGAAAAAAAAGAAACCCAAAUUCGCUUACGUUUUCGUGUAGUCUUUAUGUGUUCCCUCAUAACUCUUUCUCCGCAUUUUCCAGCCCGUUUCUUGAAUUUCUUCAUGUCUUCUUUUCACAACUGAUCCUCUUUCAACAAAAUUUAAACCGUUUACGAUUCUGUGUACUUGGCUAGUCUCUAAAGCCCAUAGGGACUAUUUUCCUUACUGCCCUGAACAUUGAAAUUUACCGCUAUGGACUUUCUGACUGCCUAGACGGAUUCAAUUCAAAAUUAUUACAUCUUGUUCCAUCGUUACUUUUCCAAAUUCAAUGUAUCAAAUGUUUUGUAUGUAAUAACAACUUUUU